AUGAAACGUUGUUCUCCAAACCAAACGAGUGUCAAAAAUAGCGAUUCUGUGUCAUAACAACAAAUUAUUUUAAUUUUUCAUAUUAAAAAAAAUGAAUAACGAACCAGAGACCUUACUUCUGAAACAAGGUGCCGAGGCCAAGCUGUACAUAAGUGAGUUUAACUCGCAAAAAUGUUUGGUAAAGGAAAGAUUCAAGAAAACCUAUCGACUUCCCGAAAUCGACAAACAAUUGUCCAACGAACGGAUGAAAGCUGAAUCGAAAUCGAUAUCACGGUGUCAAGCGGCCGGGAUCUUGGUGCCGAAAGUCUAUCACAUGAAUUUGAACGAUCGCAAGAUUUAUAUGGAGUAUUUCGAGCGAGCCAUUACGGCCAAAAAGUAUAUCAACGACCUGGAUGCCGACAGCGAAGGAUACUUAAAGCGACUUGGAGAAACGAUUGGACGUAUAGUGGGUGAGAUGCACGGGAACAAUAUCAUUCACGGCGACCUGACCACAUCCAACAUACUACUGAAUCCGAAAGGUGAAGACUUCCAUGACUACGACAUGGUAUUUAUUGACUUUGGUUUGGCACAUUACGGUCAUAGCACGGAAGAUAAAGGAGUCGAUUUGUAUGUGCUGGAGCGAGCCUUGUUGAGUACACACAGCUCUGUACCGAACCUUUUCGAAAUUAUUUUAAGUUCGUACAAAUUGCAUAAUGAAAAAGGGGCGGCUGAUGUUGUAACAAAGUUCGAAGAUGUUAGAGCUAGAGGCAGAAAGAGAACGAUGGUCGGAUGAUUUAUUAAAAGUUUUCCAAGGAAUUU